AAAAGAUAAUUCCUAAAGCAAGAAAUUGUAAAGGGUUAAUAAAGUGAUGUUGUUGUUGUUGUUAAGAAGUAGGUUAUGUUAUGUAGCUAUGCUGGGAACUGUGUUGAUUGAUAUUCUCACAGGUUUGUACUGGUGGAAACUGUGUUUGCCUCCAUGUGGGUCCCUGAUGCUCAUCUGCAGGUGAGGCAGGGACGUGCCUUCUUGGAGUCUUGACGGGUUUUUGUUCUGACUCGGCUCCUAACCUGAAAUCGCUCGUCAUUGGCGUAAUGGGAUCAAUGAUCCUGCUCUGAAUAGGCUUGGAACUGCUGCACACACCAGCCGUGUGAGACCAGGACUGGCCGCCCCUGUGGAAGAGGACGCGGAGAGAAGCGCUGAAACACGUGCAGAUUCUCUGGAAGGGGUGGCCUUGAGUGGAGGGAUGAAGACAGGGGCCAUGUGAAAAGGGUGGUGUGCGUUUUCCUUUUGGUAGGGCCUUUCCCCGUACAAGCCAGGUCUUUACCGCAGAGAAUCUGUGCUUUCCCCUGUACUCCAGGAACUACGGUAGCGCAGUCUCCCAGAGGAGUGGAGCUGUAGUUGUGCAGCGAGGCAGAUUGAAGGCAGAGCUGUGCUGCAGACUGCUCCCCCUCCCCCCUCUCUCUCCGUGCUGCAGGAGCUGAGCUGCUGCUGUUGGCAUCUUCAGGUUCCAUCCCUUCGCGGCAGGAAGGGUUUUCCGUUCCUGUCGGAUCGGUCCUGCCCGCGUGCGUGUUAUUCUGGGUCUGGAGCUGGGGGCCGGGGGCUUCUCGUUGCCUGAUGGGCCUGGGUCGUGCGGGCUAGCCCAGGGACGCCAUGCUGAGGAAGAAGAGCUCGGAGGUUCUGGUGGAUUUGGAUUCGGUCACGGAUCUGCGCGGCACGGACUCCUAUGGCAGCAUCCAGAACGGAGGCUUCGUCCCAGCGAGAUACCUUGAUGACGACGAUGAUGAUGAUCCAAUCUAUAUCCACUGCGAGAGGCCGAGGCUCCAGUCUCCACAUCCCAGGGGAAACUACUUCAAGGAUGGGAAAACCAAAAUAGACUUCGUGCUGGUGUGGGAGGUGAAGACCCUGUCCCAGCGCAAGCGGCGUGCGCGCGGGCGCUACCAGGACCUGGCGCGGGCGGCGCCAGAGCGGGAGGCGGACGGGGAGGGGCGAGCUGACCGCAAGCGCGCCCAGCACCAGCGCUGGAGGGACAAGUUCGUCCGGAACCUGCAGAGCAGCGGCCUGCUGCUGGAGACGGAGGAGACGGUAAUCGAGAGGAAGACCAUCCACUACCUGAAGCUGAGUGCCCCCUGGGAGGUGCUGGUGUAUUAUGCAGAGGAGCUGUGUUUGAGAGCGCCCCUGCAGGCUCAGCCAAACCCCGACCACAACACCUCCGACCGGAUCCUGAGGAAGCUCUGUGUCCCCAACGUCAUGGCGGAGACGGUGCCCAGCAAGCCGGUGGACUACUACACCUGCGCUUUCCGCAGGUCCAAGAUGAGUCGGUUCCUGGGCUCGGAAGACCGGGACUCCUACUUCAGCAGCACCCAGCGGCACCGGAUCGUGGCCGAGGUCCUGGCGCGCACUGCCUACGGGAAGCGCCGGCGCGCGGAGGUGGGGAUGGAGCGGCUGCUCAGCGAGGGGGCGUACACAGCCGCCUUCCCGCUGCACGAGGUGAGAGGCUGCUCCUCCUCCUCCUCCUCCUCCUCCUCGUCCUGGAGCGGGCAGGCGCGGGGGAGGGGUGGGCUUGCUCACGCGCUGUUCCCUCCUGCUGCAGGGUUCUACACGGCCUGGCUGCUCCCCGCCGCUGCGGCCGGCACGCUGGUCUUCAUCUCGGGGAUCGUCACCAUGGGAACCAACACCCCAGCGGAGGAGAUCUGCUCCAGCCGAGGGCGCUAUCUCAUGUGCCCCCUCUGUGACACCUGCAGCACCUGGAACAUCUCCGACAUCUGCUCCAUGGCCAAGCUGGGGUACCUGUUCGACCACCCUGGAACGGUGGUCUUCAGCGUCUUCAUGUCACUGUGGGCGGUGACCUUCCUGGAGUACUGGAAGCGCAAGAGCGCCACCCUGGCGCACCACUGGGACUGCACGGACUUCCGCGAGGUGGAGGAACGCCCGCGCCCCGAGUUCGCUGCCACGGCGCCCAAGAUGGAGCAGAACCCGGUGACCGGAAUGAAGGAGCCCUACUUCCCGGAGAAAGACCGGAUCUCCCGGAUCCUGACGGGAUCCAUGGUCAUCAUCAUCAUGCUGUGUGUGGUGAUGAUCUUCCUGGUGACGGUGAUCAUGUACCGCGGCAUCGUCAGCAUGAUGAUGUACCACACCGAGAGCGCCGUGCUGCGGACCCAGGCCGGCAACAUCGCCAACAUCUCCGGCAGCAUGGUGAACCUGGCUCUGAUCCUGCUGAUGGGGCAGCUCUACACCGCGCUGGCGCAGCAGCUGACCAAGUGGGAGAUGCACCGCACGCAGACGCAGCACGAGGACGCCUUCACCUUCAAGGUCUUCGUGUUCCAGUUCGUCAACUUCUACUCCUCCCCGUUCUACGUGGCCUUCUUCAAGGGCAGGUUUGUGGGGUACCCUGGGCACUACGGCACGCUGUUCGGGAUGAGGAACGAGGACUGCGGGCCGGGCGGCUGCCUCAUCGAGCUGGCCGAGCAGCUCUUCAUCAUCAUGGUGGGGAAGCAGAUCAUCAGCAACAUCCAGGAGUUCCUCAUCCCGAAGGUGAAGUCCUGGCUGCAGAAGAGGGAGCUGGCGGCACUCCGGGGGACCCAGAUCCCCCAGGAGCCCAAGCGCUGGGAAGAGGACUACGAGCUGCUGCAGUGCGAGGGGCUGUUUGAGGAGUACUUGGAGAUGGUCCUGCAGUUCGGCUUCAUUACCAUCUUCGUGGCCGCCUUCCCCCUGGCGCCGCUCUUCGCGCUGCUCAACAACUGGGUGGAGAUCCGGCUGGACGCGCAGAAGUUCGUGUGCGAGUACCGCCGGCCCGUGGCGGAGCGCGCCCAGAGCAUCGGCGUCUGGUUCCACAUCCUGGAGGCGCUGUCCCAGCUCUCCGUCAUCGUCAACGCCUUCCUGAUCGCCUUCACCUCCGACUUCCUGCCCCGGCUGCUGUACCAGUACAGGUUCGACCGCGACCUGCACGGCUACGUCAACUUCACCCUGGCCGAGGCGCCAGCCAGCUACACGCACGCCAACCACACCGGCUGCAGGUACAAGGCUUUCCGGGACAGCGACGGGAGCUACACUCUGUUCUACUGGGAGCUGCUGGCUGUCAGGCUGGGAUUCAUCAUCGUCUUCGAGCACGUGGUCUUCUUCGUCCUGCGCGUCAUCGACGGGGUGGUGCCCGACGUGCCCGAGUCCCUGGAGCUGCAGGUGAGGAGGGAGCGCUACCUGGCCAAGCAGGCGCUGGCCGACAACCAGGAGGUCCUGAUGGUGAGUCGCGGCUGCGUCUCCAGCCCAGCUAGCGACGCGUCUCCAAGCAGCGUGAGCUGAGGAGGAGGGCUGGGGAUCGCCUCGGAGCCCCGAACCGACCAGGGAAGACGGCCGCGCUGCGUGCUGGGGCGCCCGCUGUCUGUCUGAGGGAGGAGGGCACUUGUGCUCUCUGGUUAAUUUCUGGCUCUCUUGUGAGCAUGGCGAGAGCUGUUUUUAUCAGCAUGAGCUCCUGGUGUCUGUAAAGGCAGUGUUAUAUCAGGCAGGAGCCCCAGCAGAAACCAACGAGACGUUUCUUCUUCUGUCUUCAGAGAAUAUCAAUGUUUUCGUUUUCUCUACCACCUCCUUCAGAGUCUAGGUCUUGGUGCAAAUUCCCCCCUGUGUCUUAAAUGAGCUAUUUUGAGUUCAUUUACCAGAUUGUCUAAGUUGCAACUUACCCAGAGGAAUGACUGAUGAUUAUACUUGGGGUCCAAUUCAAACUCUGCAGAAACUGGUGACUGGUCUUGUUGAAGAUAGGGGGCGCCAGACUGAGUCUACCUAUGGCCUGCUUUGUCUUUUCACUGGGGCAGUCCCCUUCUAGACAGACUGCAAACUCGGAGAUGCUUGAGUGCUCUGGAGGUUACACGUGUGCAAGUGAACAGACUUUCUUGAAAUGUCUUAUCUGUAGAGAGCUGUUUCCAUAUCGUCGCUUUUUCUUUCUGUUCAUGAAACUCGAAACCGCAAAGCGUAUUCGGUUCGGAGCACAGCAGUCCGAGUGCUGCAUGAUGUUAUCUUCGUUGUAAAAUACACGCGUUUGUGUUUGAGAUGCGGGCUGGCGUGGGCUGUUUAAACGCUGUGGUUAGUUUGAAAUAAACCUGUCUGAUGAUGCACUA